GCAUGUGUCUGUCAAAUUAAUAGUAAUAUUUCGUCAACUCGGAUCGAGAUGUUUCUGUUCGGAGGAUUGUAAAGCGAUGAUUUCACGGUUUUAGAUAAUACAUCAUAUUUGACUGGGUAGAGAAGAAGAGAAAGUGCCAAGAUGACACAGAUUGUAAAGUCAGGUUACCUAAAGCGGUACAGUAAGAGUAUGUUCUCCGGGGGCUGGCAGACUGUGUGGGUGAUCCUAUACAGUGACAGCAACCUUGUCAUCUACAAACGUCAAGGUGACAAUGAGGUCAAGGGCAAAGUUCACAUGAAGGAUGUAUCAAAGAGGUUCGCCUUCGGAAGUUACACUGACGGUAUGGAAGGACGUCCACAGGUGCCGUCAGGGACUUCAUAUAGCCAGAUGUUGGCUGUACCCACACGGAACAACAGCAAGGCAAAGAUAUACUGGUUCCUGGCUGCAUCUGAAGCUGAACUCCAUGAGUGGAUGACAGCCAUAUGCAGCACUCUUCCACCUCCCCCACAGCACCAUUCUCAAAAACAGCAACAGGCUCCCAUACAGGUUCAGACUGCUCCACAGACCCACGCCCAGUACCCACCCCAGCCACAGCCUGGGUAUGGAGGGUCUGCCCCUCCCCCAUACUCACCAGCUCCUGCCUCCGGGAGUAUAGGCUUUGACGGAUUGGCAGGUGGGUAUCCACAAGCACCUCAGCCAGGAGGUGUUCCUUAUCCUCAAGCCCCUUACCCGGGACAACCUGGUCCCUACCCACAGCCAGGGUAUGGUCCUCCACCACCACAGCAGCAGUAUGCACCACCGCCUCAAGGCUACCCUCAGCAGCAAUAUCAGCCCUACCCUCAACAAGGCUAUGCCCCUCAACAAGCUUAUGGCUACCAACAGCAACCAGGUUAUGCACACCCACCGCAACAACAACCCCAAGUAGUUUAUGUACAGCAGGGAAGUAAAAAGAAGAGCGGUGGUUUAGGAGGAAUUGGGGGAGGCAAUGCUACAAAAGUAGCAGCAGGUUUAAUUGGUGGUGCUGCCCUUGGUUAUGGUGCAUCCAGGAUGAUGGGAGGUGGAUUUGGAGGCUGGGGAUUUGGUGGCCAUGGCAGCUGGAGCUCUCUCAGCAGUUUUGGAAGUUGUGGGAGUUUUGGUAGUUUUGGUAGUUUUGAUUAAAUGUAGGAGGUAUCUUCCAAAUUUCAAAGCUUCACAAUUGCUUCCUACGGAAGCCUGAUUUAACUCUUUAGAACUUUAACUGGAUGUAGAUGUUUAAAAGGUAUCUGUUUCAUAUGAAAGCUUGAAAGAAAUGUAAAAAUUUACACAGUACCUGGAAAUAGAAUACUUGUUUACAGCAUUCUCUAUGGCUAUAGGUCAAUCAAAUGCUUGCAGUUGUAGUUGUAUGAACUUAAGGCAAAACAGAAAGAUAUAAUGAGGUUGUGUAUUCUAAAUAAAACUCAACUUUAAACAACCUGAUAACAAAGAACAAAAUGAGUUGGAUAUCAUCCAAUUGAUCUUUUAAUUCAAAUUUUAGAAUAUCACCACCAACAAAAGAAAAAAAUAUAUCCUUUGGUAUGAUGUGGGGUGAUGUUUGUAUGUGGUAUAUUUAAUAGAUUAUCUAUGAUAAAUCCAUGAAGGACAACAUUCUCAAUAUGAGGGCAUUCUGUUGAAAUGUCCUUAGUCUUCUUUGCACUGUGACUUAAAAAAUCACUCUGUAGAUCUAUGUGUUGUGAUAUGGACUGCAUGCUUUAAAUCAUCGAAAACCUUGUACAGCAUACAAUGUAUAAUUUGAUCUGUACCAAUAUUCAUUUCCACAGGGAAGAGUAAUUUUCAAUCUUCUAAACCCUAUUAAUAUAAGGUGGCAAUAUCUUAAUGUUAUGUUGUUAAAAAAGGCACAUACAAUGCCUAUUUAGUUUAUGUUUUUGCCCGAAAAAGAAAACAACAUACAAGUUCAAAAGAUCAUCCUUAUAAAAAAUGCUCAUCUGAAGUGCACAAUAUUAAGAAAUUCACUCUUUUUUGGGUACUUGCUUUGGAAAAAAGUAAUUGGUGAUAUCAGAGCAUUCAAAACAGAUUUUAUGUGAGCUUCAGGUGAUAAUUUUGCUCUUUAAAACACCUUUCAAUAUUCUUUUGUUUUAACUAUAAAGGGCAUGGAUAUGCUUCAACUACAGAAUUUUUAUCAAAUGUACAAAAUGUUUGUUUUGUGUUCUGAUUGGGUACACAGCCACCUUAAGUUAAUGAUAUAAGUGUCAGUAUUCACAAUUCAGAACUUUCCUGAAGUAUUUGGAAUAUAUUUGUAAUACAUAUUAUGUAAUCUACACAAUCUUCUACUCAGAUGUCCUAUAUUUAACACACCUGGAACUUUGACCACCAUAUUUGGUUUUUAUGUAUCUCAGAUACCGGUAUAUUGUUGUAGAUUUAAUCUUGUUGAAAAAUAUUCAUUUCAUGGUAUCUUACUUCGACUUGUUAUUGUGAUAGGUCCUUGACUAUUGCUUUUGAAAAGUAAAAAUUAUAUACUAAAAAGUCUGGGAGAUUACUAUUAAAGUUGAUAUUUAAUUUUUUUACAGAUUUAUUUUACGUGAAAUGUUUAACAUUUAGUAAUUAGUAACAGAUCAUGUUUGGUGAUCAGUUGAUCAUUUUACAUAGCAGUCAGAGAAAAAAAAUGGCAAUACAUUUCAUAUAGAGUUUUUCCCCUUGUGAAAUGUGAUGCAUGAUUGUUAGCUUAAGAAAUAAUAUAUGUGUUUGAAAGAUUUUCAGUAUACAUGUAUAUGAAUAAUAGAUAAGUGUUGGCAUUUAGUAUUAAACAUAUAGUGUACAUAAACAAAAUGCUAUAGUUAGCUGAUCAUUAUUAUUAUAUGUUAAUAAGAAAUUACAUUCUGUAGUUCUGUUACAUAUAGUCUGUACUGAAAAUAAAGUAAAGUACUUAGCAUCCUCAGUGAACAAAUAGAUAAGUUGUGUUGAUUGCUCUACUACUGGUACAUUGAGAAAAUUCUAUUAAAUUAUAAUCCCAGUCUUCCCACUGGAUUUCAUUUGUAUCCCCAUUGUAACGCUUUAUAUGCUUUAUAUGGGGUAGUCCAACAAAAAAUUCAAAAAAAAAAUUCCAGAAACUGUUUAUUGUUUUAAAAGACUGGUCUUUAAAUAUGAAAUUUAUUUACAUUUAGGUAUUAAACAGAGGACAUGCUACAGUGUAGAAUAAUGCCGAUGUGUUAUGUAUAAUAAUAUAUUUAUGUAGUUAUGGUGUAGCAGGUUGAUUUUACUUUAUUUUAACGAAUCUCAUUAAGGAAUCAUUGAAGAGGUAUUUUUACUCUGAUCAAGUUUUAAUGCCAAGACAUUUAACACUAAUUUGAUAUCAACUAUUUUAUAUCAUCAUACUUAUUGAUUAUUUAAUUUUGGUGUGCUUCAUCAUGACAUUAUACAUGUAUCUUGUGUUCAUCCAGGCAUGAACGGUUUUUCAUUACUGCUGUAUGUGUUCAGUACUAAAUAACUAAAUGUUAGACUUUGUCAAGUCUCUUGGUACAUAAAUAUGAAAUAAUAUUUAGAAAAUUAAAAAGAUCGGUUAUUUACCCAUAUAGACAGAGAGAAAAGUAAGUUAAAGGUAUAUUGUAUUCGUAAUUUCACAGGGUUGAAUUAUUUUUCAGAUAUAACUGUACCCUUUAUCAGAGUGAUGACUUUAUAGUAUAAGUGUUAUGAUGUAUUAGACUCUCACUUAGUAACUUACUUUGGUGUAUUUCCUGCUAGUUAUUGCUUCUCAUCAAACGUCACAAGAAAUGUAGCUUGGGUGUCAUACCUCGGGUGAUAGAGCAUCAGACCACAGAUAAAGAUAUGACAUGUGUGGUUGGAUCCCUAUCAGGCAUGGUUCAUGUUUCUCAGGUAGCUGAGACAACCGGACCAUCCUGUGCUGUUAGUGGUUGUGUCCUUUGACAAUUUACUUCAAGAUAGCAUGUGGCAGGCCCCCAUCAAUGAUGUUCAGUGAGGUAACCACUAGCUACUACAAGCUCAUCCCAUCUCAAAAAUGAUUCUUUCUGUUCACUGGUGAUAAACCAAGCCAACAUACUUUGAUAACAUUACUGUAAUAUUUAGAAGUGUAGAUUUUGAGAAUUUUUUAAAAGUUUACGUCAAAUUAUACUUCAGGUGAUUCUGUGAUUCUAAUGAUAACAAUAUCAAUUAAAGACAUGCCUUGUUGUACCACCACCUAGAGAGAAUUAUUGCCAUCUUGUCAUAGAUCUUAUGUACAUGUAGAUACAGGAAUGGUGAAGUUACUGGUUCUUAAACCAUUUUGUUGAAUAUGUCUUUGUUUUAAAACUUCAAUGUCAAAAUACAUGUACAUAAUGUAGAAAUUAGAUGUCUAGCUUUAGAAAAUACAUGAUCAUAAUUUAGAAAUUAGAUGUCUGUAGCUUUAGAUAAAUUUCAGCCUUGAUGUAUUCAUUUUUUAUGUUUAUUUAUUCCAGUAUUUUUACCAUGACUAAGUCUUAAUGUGGUUGAAAUCUAUUUUUGGUCACAAAUUUCAAGCAGCGUUGACCUCUGUCAAGGUGGUUCUUACCUAACAAUGGCCAUGACCUGUUGUCAGGGUGGUUCUAACCUACCACCAGCCUUGACCUCUGUCAGGGUGGUUCUUACCUACCGAUGGCCAUGGCCUCUUGUCAGGGUGGUUCUAACCUACCACCAGCCUUGACCUCAGUUAGGGUGGCUCCAACUUCUAACCUACCACCGGCCUUGACCUCUGUUAGGGUGGCUCCAACAUCUAACCUACCACCAGCCUUGACCUCUGUUCUAACUUACCAUCGGCCUUGAAAUACGACUAGUUGCAGUUACCAGUAAUUGAUUCCUUACCUUAUUAUCUGCCAUGGGGAUUGAAGUUUAUCCAUGACCUUGACCGCUGCCAGUGAAGUUAAAGUAUGGACUGGAGGUCUGUCAUGUUGUUGUAGACUACAUAAUGAUGAACUUGAUAUAGCAGGCUUGAUCUAGUUUACCAAUGACCUUGAGGUAUGUCGGGGUAGUUCCUGUCUUGUGUUGUUCGAACUCAUUAGCAGUACUUAGAUGUUGGAUUAAUAUAGCAGUUACAUAGAGGUUAGUUAGAAGGGUUGUAACAUUGACUUGAGAGGUCCGUUAGAUGUUGGUUAGAAGGGUUGUAACAUUGACUUGAGAGGUCUGUUAGAGGUUGGUUAGAAGGGUUGUAACAUUGACUUGAGAGGUCCGUUAGAUGUUGGUUAGAAGGGUUGUAACAUUGACUUGAGAGGUCCGUUAGAUGUUGGUUAGAAGGGUUGUAACAUUGACUUGAGAGGUCCAUUAGAGGUUAGUUAGAAGGGUUGUAACAUUUACUUGAGAGGUCUGUUAGAGGUUGGUUAGAAGGACUGUAUCAUCGACUUGAGAGGUCUGUUAGAGGUUGGUUAGAAGGGUUGUAACAUUGACUUGAGAGGUCUGUUAGAGGUUGGUUAGAAGGGUUGUAAUAUUGACUUGAGAGGUCUGUUAGAGGUUGGUUAGAAGGGUUGUAACAUUGACUUGAGAGGUCUGUUAGAGGUUGGUUAGAAGGACUGUAUCAUUGACUUGAGAGGUCCGUUAGAAUUGUAGCAAUCCAGGUCAUGUGUGUGGGUGGUACAUAUCGUUAUACCAGUCACUUCUAGAUUAUCCAAAUGGAUUCAGCUUGCAUUUAAUUCUUCGAGUGGCAGUGUUUGGGUUGUUUUAACUUAAUGCGUGACCUUAUAACAAUUUAAUUGUAAUGUCGCAAAGUACCUUUAUACAUGUAUAUUCAAUACUCUGUUGUUUUAUUCAGCUUGUUGAUUUUUUAUUUGUGAAAAUCAAUUGCAAAUUUUAUAUCACAAUAAAAAAGAUAAACCUUUUA